AGUCAUAAGGAGGGCUGGAUUGCCUUUAUCUGCUCCCAGUCUCUGCCCUUUCUCCUCCUUCUCUUCCUCUCUCCUGCUGCUGACCAUGGCCGGAUCCGUCACCAGCGACAGCUCCGCGGAGCGUGUGGGAUACAUCACCCGCAUCCAGAGCUUCAGCGCCUGCCACCGGCUCCACAGCAUCCACCUGAGUGACGAAGAGAAUAAAAAAGUCUAUGGAAAGUGCAACAACCCUCAUGGUCAUGGACACAACUACAAAGUGGAGGUUACGGUGCGGGGAAAGAUUGAUCGUGUCACCGGCAUGGUCAUGAACCUGACUGACUUAAAGAGAUGCAUUGAGGACGUCAUCAUGACUCCACUGGACCAUAAAAACCUGGACAAGGACGUUCCAUACUUUGCCAGCAUUGUCAGCACCACUGAGAACGUGGCUGUUUACAUUUGGGACAACAUGGUGAAGGCUCUGCUGCCCAACCUGCUCUACGAGAUCAAGAUCCACGAGACAGAUAAGAACAUUGUCGUGUAUCGAGGAGAAUAGACGUCUGAGUGGAGACCUAAUGUGAUGAUUGUCUACAAGUGCCAUUAAUGACUGCUUUUUGAACAGAUUCCGGUUUGUAAGGCUGAUUCCGGUUUAUUGUGAUGAGUGGUGGAUGAUAGUGAUAAUCUUGCACUUUACACACACUGUAGCAAAUCCAAAUGUUACUGAAUUUGUAUUCUUGUUAAAGUGGAUUCUCAACCUUCCUUGCUCAUGACCCCGUACUAUACAGCAGUGUCCCAACACACAAAGUGCAUUUGUCUACUGGUUGUGACCAAAGAUCAUUUAAUUGAUCAUUGUACACAAUUCAUAUUAAUGAGGAACAUUAUGGAGAUAAAGAAAUAUUAAACAUUAAUGAUGAAUGCAAACUGUAGCUGAGCAAGUUAUUAAAAACAUUUUCAUGCAUCGGAUUUUUAAUACAUAAUUUCAAUUAUCACCACAAUGUUGAAUUCUGAUAUGAACAACUAAACUUUUCUAACCCUUUACAAAAUGUCAUGGAAAUCAGUUCAGUAGUUUUUGCCUAAUUCUGCUGACUAACUAUAGUGAAGUAACACUGACACUUAGCCACACACUGACAUCUAGUGGAACCAAACUGUACUCAGGUUAUUGCAUUGAGCCCGCCUGUGAAGCAGUGAUGACCAGUGCUGAAAUGGUUUCUUAUAAUAAAAAUUCAAUAAAUAAAAAAUGUA